AGUAUCGUCCCAAAAAGUCUAACCUCGUUUUUGUAUGUACGUGCAUACAACUUCACUGUACUGCAUCUACGGAGAAAAAUUGGACGUACAUCUCACCGCCUAUGCUUAAAAUUAAUAAUACCCACUGUGUGAGGUAGCCGUAUAGAAUCAACUUUGACUGUAUUUCUGAAUGGACUUUCGUCAGGCCUACCUUACAUCGGCCAACGUUUUAUCAACGCAUUAAUUACUAGUAACUGUUUUGGGUUUAUCCGCCAUUGUCUGCAAUAAGGCGGACACUACUGAUUAUUAUUUGAGGAUGCAAUUAUAUGAAUGAGUGUUGUUAUCAAAUUGUUUGCAUGGAUGAGAAAGCUGUUUCGUGCAAACAAGGACAAUUACUGCUUAUCACAUCGAACCUUCUAAUUAAUGAGCAACAACAACAGAAACCGGAAGGCGCGUUUCGAUCGCAUCAUGGUAUCGCAUCAUAUGUCAAUGUUCAAAUGCAAGGCACCGCUUGUAAAUGACAACUGCAACGCUUUAUAGCGGACAAUGUUUAGCAGUUGUCAACUGUACCUAAUUGUAUCGCUUUGGUUAACUACCAGUACAAAAAUUUUCGAAGUGCAAAUCUAUAACGCAAAAAUGCUGACCACCGAGGUCAGCAUUCCAACUAUUGACAUGUCACCAUUGUACGGCGACAACACAGCGGCGAAGCUAGAAGUAGCACGGCACAUAGACGCGGCAUGCCGCGGCACAGGGUUCUUCUUUGCCAAAGGUCACGGUGUGGAUUGUCUGCGAGAAUUCUUCAACAUUGUCGACCAUUUCCACAAGAAGAUAACAGAUAAGGAGCGAUGGGAGAUGGCCAUUGCGGCGUACGAUCCGCAGCAUAAAGAUCACAUCCUCACCGGUUACUACCUGCCGGUCAAGGACAAGAAAACCGUACAGUCCUUUUACAUCCAAAAUCCAACAUUCAGCGCCGAUCAUCCCCUUAUUCAAGCCAACACUCCGCUUCACGAGAUCAAUGUAUGGCCGGACGCUGAAAAGUAUCCCGGUUUCAGAGAGUUCAUCGAAACCUAUUACUGGAAAGCGUUCAAUGUGUCAAAGGCUCUUCUUCGUGGCAUCGCCUUAGCUCUGGGCAAAGAUCAGGAUUUCUUCGAACCAUUCUUUCAACCAGAGAGCACCAUGUCGUCGAUGAGACUUAUCCGCUAUCCGUAUAUCGAUCCAUACCCACCCGGCGCCAUCAAAACGGCCGCCGAUGGAACGAAACUCAGUUUCGAAACGCAUGCAGAUGUUUCUCUGCUGACCGUCCUGUAUCAACCAUUUGUGGCCAAUUUGCAGGUUGACACUGCGGAUGGAUACAAAAGCAUCCCAUCAUCGGACGACUGCUACCUGGUGAAUGGUGGAUUAUUCUGCAACGCAUUACUAACAACUAUUACAAGGCUCCCCUCCAUCGCGUGAAGUUUGUUAAUGCGGAGAGACUCUCUCUGCCGUUUUUUGUCCAUCUAGCCAGUGACAGCGUUAUUGAAAGCUUUUCUCCACAUGGAAGCGCCAGUGAUGUUAUGUGCAACAAUCCACAAUAUCCAGUACUGUCUUAUGGGGAGUUUUU